AUGUUUUCCUCUGCGCUCAAGUCGUUCAGUUCCAACAUUUCCGCCAAUUACCAAAUCUCACCUAACCCCACUGUCUACUCCGGCCCCUGGAAAAUCCACGAUGCAAAGAAAAAGUCUACAGGAACGACGGCAUCGGUGUUCAUUUUUGAUCGCAAAUCACUAGACACACGCUCUGGCGGCUUUGGGAGGAGUUCUGGUUCCUCCUCCAAGAAGCUGCAGGACGAUGUGAUCGAGCGACUUAAGCGCGAAGCUAGCAAUCUUGCGCGCCUACGGCACCCAUCCAUUCUUCAGGUGCUCGAGCCUGUAGAGGAAACGCGUAAUGGCGGCCUCAUGUUUGCCACAGAGCAUCUUACCGCCUCACUCUCCGGGCUACUCCUAGAAAAAGACGACCAAGAAAAUACCACACGCGCUGGUUCGCGAACAAGCCGAUACGUGAUUCAGGAGGCUGAUGGAACUCGGAGAAGAAGAGAUGUGGAGAUCGAUGAGUUGGAAAUUCAAAAGGGACUCUUGCAAGUUGCUAAGGGUCUUGAAUUUCUUCACGAGUCUGCGGGCUUAGUGCAUGGAAAUCUGAACCCGGACGCCAUCUAUAUCAAUGCCAAAUCAGAUUGGAAGAUCUCUGGUCUGGGAUUCGCGGGGCCUCCGGACUCUUCUGAAACUCGUUCAUCCCUUCCGCCAUUAGCCGUGUCUGAGGUUCUCUAUCAAGAACCAAGGCUUCCCGCUUCAGUACAGUUGAACCUGGACUACACGUCGCCUGACUUUGCCAUGGACUCCAAUGUAUCGUCAGCUGCCGAUCUCUUCUCUUUGGGUCUCGUCAUCAUCGCUCUGUACAACUCUCCCCAUGUGUCGCCUCUGCAAACGAACGGAAACUUGACCACAUAUAAGAAACUGCUGAGCUCUCCAUCUUCCACUCCAUCACAGAGCAAUAAUUUCCUUUGCUCGAAGCCAAUUCCCAAGGAUUUACUUUCCCAUGUCCUACCAAGGCUCAUUACUAGAAGGCCAGCUCAACGGAUGAAUGCUCGAGAAUUCCAGCAAUCCCAGUACUUUGACAAUAUCUUGGUUUCCACUAUCCGGUUCUUGGAAUCUUUGCCAACAAAAAGCCCCAAUGAGAAGUCUCAAUUCUUGCGUGGCUUACAACGGGUACUGCCUGAGUUCCCUGUUUCUGUCUUGGAGAGGAAGCUAUUGGGAGCGCUGAUGGACGAAUUGAAGGAUCGGGAACUCCUCCCGCUGAUAUUGCAAAAUGUGUUCGGUAUUCUUCAACGAAUCCCCAACGGACGCCGUGUAUUCCCGGAGAAAAUCAUCCCUCAUCUGAAGGAAGUCUUUGGAACUGGCCCAGGCAAGGGAGCUGCUGAACGAGACUCUAAGAAAGAUGCGGGCCUCAUGGUUGUGUUGGAUAACAUGAAGCUGAUUGCCGAUAAUUGUUCAGGGAUGGAAUUUAAAGAUGAUAUUCUACCCCUGAUUCGGCUAGGGCUGGAUUCUCCCACUCACUCUUUGGUAGAUGCUUCCCUUAAAUGCCUCCCUGUAAUGCUCCCGGUUCUCGACUUCAGUACGGUCAAGAACGAGGUAUUCCCUCCUAUUGCUACCACUUUUAGUCGCACUAGCAGUCUUGCUAUUAAGGUUCGCAGUCUAGAAGCUUUCAGUGUGCUUUGCGGGGCCUCUGCAGAAGCUUCAGAUGGGCUUGACGAUGAUUUUUCUGGAAUCCAGGCGAGCAAGUCAAAACCAGCCAAGUCCUCGAUCCUGGACAAGUAUACCAUUCAAGAAAAGCUCGUCCCAUCCCUCAAGGCGAUCAAAACAAAAGAGCCGGCAGUGAUGAUGGCAUCGUUGAAGGUCUUUCGUCAAGUUGGAGCCGUCGCAGACACAGAAUUCCUGGCUUUGGAAGUUCUGCCUGUUCUCUGGAGCUUCAGUCUCGGGCCACUUUUGAGCCUUCAACAGUUCAAUGCCUUUAUGGCUCUUAUAAAAACCCUUUCAGCGAGAAUUGAACAGGAACAAAGCAAAAAACUGCAAGAGCUAUCCUCUGGCGCUGGAUCAACUGGUUUCCAAAAUGGUGCCGAUGAAUUUUCGCAGUCCGUCACAGGCCUCAGUUCGCCCGAUGCAGACGGCGGUGCUGGUAGCUUUGAGCGCCUUGUUCUUGGGAAGAAGACAUCUCCUGCAAGUGACCAGAGUAUAGACAUGUGGGGCAGUAUGGAGCCAGAGCCAGCCAAGCCAGCGGUUCCGACCAUGUCACCUUCAUUUUCGUGGUCUUCAAAUAAUGCAGGCAAGACACACCAACCCAGUGCCUUAAGCCCACAGUCCAAUAUUGGCUUCCGUUCCAUUACCCCGGAUCAGAAACUGGGCUCCUUCCCGUCUCUCGCUCCUGCCCCUGCUCGGCAAGCCUCACCGGUUGCUCACGCCUUCCCUGCUAUGCAGCCAUCAGCUUCUAUAUGGGGAGCCCCGGCUAAUGCCAAUGUUCGAUCUCACACAGGCCCGCCGGGUCAGUCUUUGGGGUCCAUGUCGACUAUGACAUCCUCGAAUCAUAUGUCCGGGUCAAUGGCACAACCGGCACCUAACUACUCCUCCUUCUCAAUCCCCCCUCCUCCCAGAGGAAAUAUGGGACCUAGCAGCGCUAUUAGGCCCCCUCCGAUGAACACAGCCAACAGAUCAACGUCCUUCCAAGGCACAGCUGCGAUGCCGCAGCAGGGAACUCAGAAGAACGGAUUGGACAAGUAUGAGAGUCUGAUAUAA